UAGGAAAAAGGAAGACUAAGAUUGGUCCCGAAAUGAGAAAAGGGAAGAAACCACGCACUGAGGAGGAGUUAGGUAGUGACGAUACCACACCUGAGCCUAGUGGUGGUGAGGACAUUGGUGAUGAUGAUGAUGAUGAUGAUGAUGAUGAUGAUGAUGAUGAUGAUGAUGAUGGUGAUGGUGAUGGUGAUGAUGAUGAUGAUGAUGGUGAUGGCAAUGAUGGCAACGAAAGUGGUGGUUAUCGUAUAUCUCCUACUAUAAGGUUCACUGGGGAGGAGGACUUCACCCAUACAACACAAGAUACAGAUCAUGGAGCACCUACUUCACAACGACAAACAACAUCGACAAGUCGACAUGGUCGACAGGCCCCACUUGCAUAUGAUGAAGAUAGCUCCAACUCUGCCUCCAGUGGUCAGUACUACAACCCUUACAGUACUUCUCCCCCUGCAGGGGGCUUUCUGUGGCCACCACCAGGGGUGGUGAACCCGCCACUUCCGCAGGCAGUUGCAGCAUUGCCUUAUUUGGAUUAUCACGGCUACCUACCAUAUGGAGCUCCACAGUUGCAACAUCACCCACCUACGUACGUGUAUUUGCCACCAACAGACGAGCCGUAUGAGGGACCACCGGGAGAGAGAUUUGAGGACUGAAGAAUGCAGAGAAUAUGCUACAUGGAUUAUUCUGGACUAUGCCUUUGCCUCUGUUGUAUCUUUGGAUUGUAAUAAUUCUAAUGGACUUUGGAUGUAUUGCGUUCUAUGUGUGGACUUUGGACAUGAGUUAUGUGUAAUAAUUCUAAUGGACUUUGGAUGUAUUACGUUGUAUGUGUGGACUUUGGACA